AUGUCAGGACCACCCGCGCGAGGAGGCCUGUCCCUCUACGCCAACCUUCUCGAACCCAGUGGCACAAGCGAUUCGACCUCUACCUCGAACGAUGCUGUCGCAAACAAGCAAGAAGACGCCCCGGCAAAGAAGGCCGUAAAUCCAGCAUUCGCCUUCCAACCCAUCCGCCGACCACAAGUCAAACAACCAAACAAACCCAAACCAACCCUCCCCAAAGCGCCACCCUCCAUAUCCAUAGCAGCAGUCGCGGCAACCGUCAAGACAUCCGAACCCGAAAACAAUGGCACAACUGCUGCCACAACGACAUCAACAGCGAAUGCCGCAGCGCCCCAACAGCGCAGCACCCUAGCCGACUGGGUAGCCACCGAAGACGACGAGUACCUCUACAACGGAUCCAACAACCGACGAGAACGCGGCGGGCGCAGAAAGAAGAAGAAGAAGAACGAUGACCGACCAGUCGAGACGAAUUGGGACGAGCUCUACGAUCCAGCAAGACCUACGAAUGUCGAGGAAUACCUUCGCAGCGACGAGCGCAUCAGGGAGAUUCGCGACUGGAAGGCGGUGUUGUAUGCGCAUAGACGGAAGAGGAGGGACAGCUUUGAUAGUAGGAGGAGUGAUGAAGAGGAGGAAGAGGAUAGGAGGGUCACGAAUAACCAGUUCGCGCCUCCGGCUUCUUUCUCGUUCGCACCACCACCCAUGUCACCACCACGAGCUACAACAACGGCAGCAGCACCAACGCCAGCGGUAUCAAUACCAGUAGACGAAUCCGCCGACGAAGCCUACGCUCGAAGACUAGCACUAUCAGGCAUGGCACCACCACGACGAUCACCUUCCCCCCCUCCACCACAACCACCUGCCGAACCCUCAGCACCAGAUACAGCAACAAUCUCCCGCGCCCCAGUCCGCUACGAAGCUCCACCACAACCCCCCUCCGCCCCCGAAGCCUCCGGCGACGACGCAAUGGACCUCGACUCGUCCGACAACGAAGAAGUCAACUACGACGCCAUCCCCGUCCCCCUCGGCGCCGCCUCCGCCUCAGAAGAACCUGAAUCCGCCUCCUCUGACGCUCCCAAAUCAAAACUACCAGGCCAAGCCGGUUUCGCCGCCCCCGUCUCAUCUUCAGAAUCAGGUAUCACCUCCGCGCUGCGCGUGCAAGUGGAGAAGCGCAAGAAGCGUUCGGAUGCUGAAGGGGGUGGGUGGGCGGAACCUGGUGGGAGGGGGAAGAUCAUUGCUGGGAAACCUGCCGCUGGUGGUGGUGGUGGUUCGUCCAAGGAAGAAAAGGACGGUGGCAGGUUUGGGAAGAUGAGUGAAGUGAUUGUGUUGGAUCAUAUGCUUGAUGGGAUGAGUGAUGAGGAGUUGAGGCAGGAGUGUGGAGAGAAGUAUGGAAGGGUGAUGAGGUUGUUUGUGGAGAGGGAGGGGAGGAGGGUGUUUAUUCGGUUUACGGAUGGGGUUUCGGCGCUCAGGGCUGUCAACGCACUCGAAGGUCGCAUAUUCAACGGCAACGCGAUUGUCCCGAGGUUUUAUGAUUUGGAGAAGUUUGAGGCGGGGGUAUAUAAGUAGUGUAGUACGUCCCAGUAUCGUUGUCUAGCAACUCGAACAGAUACCAGACCCAUUCCCCCCUUUGAACAGCCAGACCAUGCCCAAACAAACAACAACCAUGCCUCAUAAGAACCCCAUCACUCCUUUAUUAAAACGUCAAACCCCUAUCGUCCAUCCCUAAAAGUCUUUUCUGUCCAUUAAUACUCCGCCAUUCCACUCCCUGAUCCUCACCUCAGUCCUCCAUUACCUUCAAGUCAAUGUCGAUUUAGUCCUUGGUCAAGCCGUGCUU